CCCGGCGCCCUAGUCUUGGCGGGGUGUGGAGCUGUCACAGCGUCUCGGGGCCCAGUGGCGGCGGCCCUGGGGAGGGGCGCGGUCGGUCCACGGCGGCCUUCCGCGGCCUUGGCAGCGGGGUUAGGCCGCUGCUCAAGGGGUCCGGCGCAGGCCACCAGGGCGGGCUAACGGGAACCGUGAGUCCCGCACUAAAUUGGAGCCGACUCGGCACUGGAGGCAUCGGCGGGAAAUGGCGGACGAGGCCUUGUUUUUGCUUCUCCAUAACGAGAUGGUGUCCGGAGUGUACAAGUCCGCCGAGCAGGGGGAAGUGGAAAAUGGACGAUGUAUUACUAAGCUGGAAAACAUGGGGUUUCGAGUGGGACAAGGAUUGAUAGAAAGGUUUACGAAAGAUACUGCAAGGUUCAAGGAUGAAUUAGACAUCAUGAAGUUCAUAUGUAAAGAUUUUUGGACUACAGUAUUCAAGAAACAAAUUGAUAAUCUAAGGACAAAUCAUCAGGGCAUAUAUGUGCUUCAGGACAACAAAUUUCGACUGCUUACUCAGCUCUCUGCGGGAAAACAGUAUUUAGAACAUGCAUCAAAGUAUCUAGCAUUUACAUGUGGCUUAAUCAGAGGUGGCUUGUCAAACUUGGGAAUAAAAAGUAUUGUAACAGCUGAAGUAUCUUCAAUGCCUGCCUGCAAAUUCCAGGUGAUGAUACAGAAGCUGUAGAGUGAAGUGAAACACGAGCGAGGCUGCUCCUGUGCAAAGUAUUGCCAGUGCUGCUCUCUGCUCACUGUUGGCGGUCUGUGCUGGAGCAGAGGGCUUACCUCACCAAUAAGGUCCUUUCACCAUGACGUAAACUAGCUGAACUGUUUGACUAAUGUCAGUGAACUCGACGCCAAGAUGUACAGCUCUUUAUUUUAAACAUCUUUAUUUCGUAGUGUUAUAUGUAUUUAACCAUAGAUUGAGAAGUGAAACUCAGGGUGUGUUGAAUUGCUGUAUAGGAAAAUAUGUACCAAUCAGAAUAGUUUCUAUUCAAAUGACCAAAAUUUGUUAAAGUAUAAAUGUGUUUUAGUUAUUUAAAAAAAGAAACCACUAUGCUAAAUUAAGCUUAAUUUUUAUUGUAUGUUUAUAAUUUAUUUCUGUCGAGAAUUUGUAUGCCUAUAUAAGGAUUUCAUUUAUACAUUGUAUGUUUAUAUGUAUAUAUAAAUACAUAUGUUACUGUCUAAAUUGUUUGAAGACUUAAUUUUACUUUAAUAGAUUUCAGUCUUUGAGCCCGCCACCGAUUAAUCGAAGUGAAAUGUAGAUUAGCUUGGUAACUGUAGCACUAGAGAAUAUUAGGUAUGUUGGAAGUAAUUUUUAUACUUACUCCUGCUCACAUUAUUCCUUUAAAAAUAUUUCAUUUUAGUUUUUAUGUGUGUGUAUCAAUUUUCCUAUCUGUUCUGUUGGUGAAACUUAGGUUGAUCCCAUAACUUAGUGCUUGAUAUCAAGUUGACAAAAAAAUCCAACCAGCUCAUCUCUUCUACAAAUGCUAGGAAAGUAAUACCCAUAUGCAAAAGAGUGAAACCGGAUCGUUAGACUAAAAAUACACUCAGGAAUCAACUUGUGUGGAUCAAUAUAAAAUACUUGAGACUCCAGUGAUUAUUCAAAAGUAGACUCACUGGUUGUGGUGGUGCAUGCCGGUAGGAUUUGCUAAAGGAGGCUGAGGCAGGAGGAUCACAAGUUCAAGGCCA